CGCCCCCGGCCACGCCCCUCGCGCAGCCCCAGCCCCGACCCGCCGAGUGGGGGGCGGCCGGCGGCCCACCAUGAGCUGGUUCAAUGCCUCGCAGCUCUCCAGCUUCGCCAAGCAGGCGCUGUCGCAGGCCCAGAAAUCCAUCGACCGGGUGCUGGACAUCCAGGCCGAGGAGAGCGCCUGGCCUGACGCCGUCAUCCCCGACUACGGCGACGGAUCAAAUUCUCUCAUAAGUGGAGGAUGGGAUACAUCUUCCUGGGGCUUAACUUCAAAUACAGAACCACAGAAUCAGCCAAUAUCGCCAACAGCAAUCACUAAGCCAGUGAGGAGGACGGUAGUAGAUGAAUCUGAAAACUUCUUCAGUGCCUUUCUCUCUCCGACAGAUGUUCAGAGUAUACAGAAAAAUCCAGUGGUAUCCAAACCUCCAGCCAAAUCACAGCGACCCAAAGAGGAGGUAAAAAGCACUUUAAAGGAGUCUCAGCACCCCAGUCAGCUGGAGGUACCAGUGACAACAGAGGCAGAAGUGAAGGAUUCCUCUAUAUCUAGCAUAGUUGACCUGAAAACCCGUGAUAUUCCCAAGGAGAAAGUAGAAGAGGAUUCUGUGCUUAAAUCUAAUGCCAAGCAUGAAGAAAGCACAAAUGAAGUUACUGACAAAAAGGUGUCUGCUCUAAAUUUGGAAGUAACUGAUGACGCUCUUAAUGAAAAAUCCAGUGUAGGAGGGGAUGGAACAGAGGUGGUGCCAGAUAGCACUUCCCAGCCUCAUAAUGCAGGUACAAAAGAUACGGGUUUGGAAACAAAGGAGCGAAAGACUGAGGACAGGCAAAGCAAUACACCAUCACCUCCAGUUAGCACUUUCUCCUCAGGAACAUCCACAACUAGUGACAUUGAAGUUCUGGACCAUGAAAGCGUAAUAAGUGAGAGCUCAGUAAGUUCAAGACAAGAAACUGCAGAUUCAAAAUCCAGUCUUCAUCUAAUGCAAACAUCAUUUCAGCUUUUAUCUACAUCUGCCUGUGCAGAUUAUAAUCGUUUGGAUGACUUCCAGAAAAUGACUGAGAGCUGCUGCUCCUCUGAUGCUUUUGAAAGAAUCGAUUCAUUCAGUGUACAGUCUUUAGAUAGUAGAAGUGUAAGUGAAAUAAAUUCAGAUGAUGAGUUAUCGGGCAGGGCUUCUGCUUCAGCAUCUGUUGCUGUCAGUCCGUCUGCACCAAAACCAGUAACAGCUGAUGCCCUGAAAAAUGAAUCUGAAAACUUGAAUGACACUCCUGUUUUACAUGCUGAGGAAGCUGAGAUGGAAGAGAGUGGGAGAAGCGCGACCCCUGUUAAUUCUGAGCAGCCAGAUGUUUUGGUUGCUACUGUGCAAACUGUUAAAGAACAGGCUCUGAAAGAGGAGACUGAGCCACAGCAGGAUGCUGUUGAAAAGUUGUUAGAAGAGGACACUGAAAAACAGGAGCUUAGAAAGAUGAUUGAUUCAUUAACUGAGAAACUGGAGAAGAGGGAAAUACAGUUAUUAAGUACUAGUAAAGAAAAGGCGCGCCUGGAAGAAGCUUGUGAUAACCUAAAAGAUGAAAUGUUUAGAAUGAAAGAAGAGAGCAGUAGUCUUUCAUCUCUUAAAGAAGAGUUUGCUCAGCGAAUUGCAGAUGCUGAAAAGAAGCUCCAGCUAGCCUGCAAAGAAAGAGAUGCAGCUAAAAAGGAAGUAAAGACUGUUAAAGAAGAAUUGGCUACUCGACUUAAUACUAAUGAAACUGCUGAAUUACUGAAAGAAAAAGAAGAGCAAAUCAAAGGAUUAAUGGAGGAAGGAGAAAAGCUUUCCAAACAGCAGCUGCACAAUUCCAACAUAAUUAAGAAAUUAAGAGCCAAGGAGAAAGAGAGAGAAAAUACUAACACAAAACAGAACAAAAAGAUUAAGGAAUUGGAGGAGGAGUUGCAGCAUUUAAAACAGGUGCUUGAUGGCAAGGAGGACCUUGAGAAGCAGCAUCGAGACAGCAUUAAACAACUGAACAGUGUUGUAGAACGACAAGAAAAGGAUCUUGCUAAACUUAAGGUGGAAGUGGAAGACCUUGGAGAACAGAACAGAAGUGUCCAGGCAGCACUUGACAGUGCAUAUAAGGAACUUGCAGAUCUUCAUAAAGCUAAUGCUACAAAGGACAGUGAGGCACAAGAAGCAGCCCUAAGUCGGGAAAUGAAGGCAAAGGAAGAGCUUGGGUUAGCCCUGGAGAAGGCCCAGGAUGAGGCAAGGCAGCAACAAGAAGCCUUGGCAAUUCAGGUGGCAGACCUGAGGCUAGCACUGCAACGUGCAGAACAGCAGGCAGCAAGAAAAGAAGACUAUUUACGCCAGGAAAUAGGUGAACUACAGCAGAGACUUCAGGAAGCUGAGAGCCGGAACCAAGAAUUAAGUCAAAGUGUUACGUCUGCUACACGGCCACUUCUCCGGCAGAUAGAAAAUCUGCAAGCCACACUGGGAGCGCAGACCUCUGCGUGGGAAAAAUUGGAAAAGAACCUUUCUGACAGACUUGGCGAGUCUCAAACUCUUCUAGCAGCAGCUGCUGAGAGAGAACGGGCUGCUACUGAAGAACUUCUUUCUAAUAAAGUUCAGAUGUCUUCUACUGAAUCUCAGAAUAGUCUUUUAAGGCAAGAAAAUACACGCCUUCAGGCUCAGCUUGAAGUAGAGAGAAACAGAUUGAAGAAAGUGGAAAAUGAGAACAGUAGGUAUGAGGUUGAACUAGAAGAGCUCAAAGAUGAGUAUGCAAAAACCUUGGAAGACACAAAGAAAGAAAAGGCACUGCUGGCUACUCAGUUAGAAAUGGAGAAGAUGAAAGUUGAACAGGAAAGAAAGAAGGCAAUUUUCAUGCAAGAAGCAUCAAAGGAGAAGGAUCGGAAGUCAUUUACAGUUGAAACUGUUUCAAGUACUCCAACUAUGUCACGCUCUAGUUCCAUAAGUGGAGUUGACAUGGCAGGUCUUCAGACCUCUUUCCUCUCACAGGAUGAUCCUCAUGAUCACUCAUUUGGUCCAACAGCUACUGGUGGGAGCAAUCUUUAUGAUGCUAUAAGGAUGGGAGCAGGUUCAAGUAUAAUUGAAAACCUUCAAUCACAGCUCAAACUAAGAGAAGGAGAGAUUUCGCAUCUACAGCUGGAAAUUGGAAACCUUGAGAAAACCCGAUCAAUAAUGGCAGAAGAACUGGUUAAACUAACAAAUCAAAAUGAUGAACUUGAAGAAAAAGUGAAGGAAAUACCAAAAUUACGUGCACAGUUAAAGGAUUUGGAUCAAAGAUAUAAUACAAUUCUUCAGAUGUAUGGAGAGAAAGCAGAGGAAGCUGAAGAACUCCGGCUGGAUCUUGAAGAUGUGAAAAACAUGUACAAGACUCAGAUAGAUGAACUUUUAAAACAAAGACAAAAUUAAUUCCUGCUGGGAACUCUUUAACAUUAUAUGAUAACAGAUUGUAAAGAUAAUUGUUUAUGUAAAUGCUGAAUUUAAAUGUCUUGUAAAAAGAAUAACUGUAUUAUAGAAGAUGCGACUAUAAUAGAGUUCCUGUGUUGACAAAAAUCAGUGCUUUAAGUGUCUUGUACUGUCUGCAGUUAAAUUAUUUGUGUGAUAUUUAAAUUUUUUUUGUCAUCCCUUUAUUUAAUUUUUCGCUAAACGGUGGACCAUUUUGCCUGUAAACAGUAGCAAAAAUGAUGAUGUUACCUAAUGAGACAGCACUGGAAGGCAUGAGUUUUACUAAAGUAGCCCUUGAUUCAUAAACUCCGUAUACCCAUGGAAAUAACCUGAAAAGUCUUUUUUAAGUGUUCUUAAUACGAGUUUUUCUAAAAUCUCAUCAUUUUUAAUAACAAAAUAGCAGUGGCUUGCAGAACUGGUGGAAGUUUUUAUGACAGGAAAAUUUCAUAUUUGUACUCAUAACAUCUGAAUAACAUUAGGAUGAUAAUUCUCUAUUCCUAGGUAAAUCAGAUUAAUCUGCUUUACAGUGUGUCCUCUAGAGCAGAGAGUGAGGCUCAUAUCAUAGAAUCACUAGGUUGGAAAAGGUCUUUUGAGAUCAUCAAGUGCAACAAUACCUGUCCACUACUGAAUCAUAUUCCUAAGCAAUUUGUCUACCCGUCUUUUAAAUCCCUCCAGGGGUCAUGACUCGAUCACCUUCCUGGGCAGAUGGUCCAGUGUCUGAGAACCCUUUCGGUGAAGAAGUUUUUCCUAAUGCCCAACCUGACCUCCCUUGGCGCAGCCUGAGGCCAUUCCCUCUCAUCCUAUCGCCUGUCACCUGGGUGAAGAGACCAACACCCACCUCACUACCACCUCCUUUCAGGGAGCUGUAGACAGUGAUAAGGUUUCCCCUCAGCCUCCUCCAGGCUGAACAGCCCUGAGAUCAGACUUUAAAUUAGAGCUUCAUCUUUUAUAUUGCUUGUGUUAUCUCAUGAGCAGAGAGAGCAGCUCUGCUUGUAAUUCUAAAAGUGUUUAACCUUUAACACCAGAACACUGAACUAUUCAAUAUCUCUUCUAGGGCUGGAUGCUGACUUUUAGCAGUACCUAAAACAGUUCAGAAGAAUGAAGAAAAAGAAUUUUUUUUUUUUUUUUUUUUAGAUUAAUUGCUGCUGCCUCUGUUGCUCCUUAUAUACAAAUAGCAAAAUUGUACUGUGACUUAAAAUAGUUUUCAACAAGUCUCUAGUGGCUGCAAAGUAUUUCUCAUGGCAUUCCUUAAGAAAGGUAUUGCUCAAAUAGCGUCAGUGUGGCUUGACAUUUUGCUGUAUUUUUGGUAAUGUCAGAGGAAAUAUUUGAAUUGGACCCGUGGGAAUGCUGAGAAUGGGGGAAGCAGCUUGCGUCUUCCUCUCUGCAUUCCAGACGGCAAAUAUUUUGCUGUAUCUCAGAACUGUAGCUUUGAUAGGCACUCUGUGAAAUACUUGGCAAUUUAAAUUCUUUGCUUUAUUGUACCAUUGCCUCUGUUGGGAGAAGUUUGUUUGUUUUUUCACAUCAGUGCAAGUUGUCAUUUGUGUUAGAGAACUCUGUUACCGCUUGUGCAUUCAGUGGACUGAAAGAGAUGAAGGAUGUGAAUGAUGAGAAAUUGCUUCUGGAGAAAAGCCUCUCUGUAAUAUGACUUUUCUGCGUGUGUUAGGGAUUUAUUCCUAAUUGGGACAACAGUUAGCCACUUGAGUUACACAGGAAAGGGCCUAUUCGGGAAAAGCCUAGUUCAGGUUAAGAUGCAGACAGUUAUUUUGAGGACUGCCAAAGAGCAAGAACACUAAAAUUUGUCUUAAAUCCUCAUCUGUCAUAUAAACCUUAACUGCUUUAAUAAAAUGAAAGAUUUUUUAUCCUUCCCCCCCCCUUUUUCUUUUUUUGUGUGGAGGUGGGAAGGAACUACCCUCGUAGUUUCAGUUUUGGAAACCAAGGGAAUUUAGCACUUUGCUCUUCAUAUUGAAGCAUGGUUUGUUGCUUUAACUUUUAAAAAUAAAAAUACAACAGCCCCACACCCAAACAAACCAUAUAAAAGCACUUGUGCUAUGUGUUAGAGUUAUGAUAUGCAAGUAUUACAACUUCAGCCUUUUCUUUUUUUUCAAGAAAACAGCUUUUCAUGAUGGUCAAAAAAGAAAUUCUGUUCAGCUUUUUUUCUGUUGCAGCAAAUCAAUAAAUUACUGAUUCUCACUGUUGUUUUCACAAUCUUGGUAGACAAAUACAACAUUAAAAAGAAAAAAAAUUCCUUUGAACUUUUAUGUGGACCUGUUGCUGGUGGUGUGUUUGAAGGUGACACAUCCUGAGUGAUGUUUGAGCAUAUCUUCCUUAAGGGCUGACACAGGUCCUGUUUUGAGCGUGUCUUGGACUGCACUGGGUUUUCAGGAGGAGCUUAGGUAAACAGGGAGUUUUAACGUGCAGUCAAGGUUAACUGUUUCAGAUAGAAAAGCAUUUGCCGGAAUAUUAGGUCUUUUAAUUUCACAGAAGUAGAUGUGAAUACUUGUGUUGACUAUUUUUGGAUUCUGUGUUCCCAUUUAGUGCAACCUUUACUGUUACAUGGUAAUUAGAUGGCCUGCUGUGUCUUAAUCAUCAAAGCCUUAGAACACAAUGUGGCAGUUGGGAGGUAACAGAUGUUAAUGUAUUCUGUUUUGAUCAUCUUUGAUACAGAUCAUGUAUGCUUGCAAGAUUAAUGUCUGCUAGGACAGCACCUUAAGUUUGUUGCUAUGACUGAGAUGAUUGCCUAGAAAAGUAACACACAAAAUGACAGGACUUAGGGCAUUGAUGUCUACUUGUGUUAAAUUUAAUUACUUCAGAAUAUUCUUUCUGAAAGCAACUAAUUUUAACUUAAUUUUCACUGCAUAUGGAGCUAUGAAAAAAUGCUAUUUAGAGACUUACUCAAAGCAUUCUGUUGUGAGGGCUUAUUUCCAAGUGAGUGGCAGGUCAGGGAGAGGCCUCCGUUAAUGCGAGGGUUUGCAGAGGUGCAGGCUACACUGGAGCUUGCUUCUUUGGGUGUUGCGCUGCAUCCUUUAUCAAUAAACAGAGGAGAUGAUCGGAACCCUCAGCAUCCCUACACAACAGUAAGCAUUAGUUUCAUUGAUUUUUUUUUUUUUUUUAGUCCUGCUACGGUUUGUUGCAAUUCAUGUAGAUAUGUUUGACUAAGGGCUAUCAUGAUUCUGAAUGGGGAACAAAGUGGGUUAUCGGUUAAAUGGAAACCCUUGGUGUAAAAUGUGUAUAAACUGUAAAAAGCAAGGGUCAGGGUGAAAUAAAAUUUUGUGCUGUUUCU